AUGAGUGAUGUUCCCGAAUUUCCUUCUCGUGAUGGACCUCAACGUUUAGUUGCCGCAGCUACAAAACAACCCAAGAAUCGACAGAAAGUUAGACUGGAGCCUGGACAUUCACCUCUCGAUUGGGCAAGAUUAAAGAGUUCAGGCAAAGAUCUUCGGGGAGUUUCUCAAUUGUCUCGAUACACUCUUGAUGAUAUCAAACGGCACAAUACUCUUGCAGAUGCUUGGACGGCUAUUCAAGGCAAGGUCUACAAUAUCACACCUUAUCUCAAGUUCCACCCAGGAGGAGUUAAAGAUCUUAUGCGUAUUGCAGGAAAGGACGGAACCAGACUGUUUAUGCUCACUCACUCUUGGGUCAAUACUGACUUUAUGCUGGAUGCUUGUAUGGUUGGAUUCUUGGUACCUGGAAGAUCAUCAGAUGAUGACUAA